AUAUUCUAACAAAGAUUCCCAUUUUAAUAUCUUGUCUUAAUUUUAAAUAUUGACUAAUGAACCACCCCAUUGUAUUAUAAAGAUCAACGAAGUUUUCAAGUUUAAUAUUCUUAUCUUACUAUCAUUACAAGCAAUGUCCUCUCUAUAUUCUCCUCCCACCACCACUACCACCAUCUCCGGUGCCGCCGAGUUUAAACACCACCAUGUAUUCCCCAAAACAUCCCAACUAUCCAUUUCAAGAAGCCUUGGUCGUCGUCCUAUACCGAAAAUCUCAUGCAAAGUAGCUAAAGAUGGUGACCAAAACCCUAAAACAACCAAUAAUGAAGGGGGUGCCAAUAUGUUUAAUAGAAGAAAUAUGCUCAUUGGGCUAGGAGGUUUGUAUGGUGCCGCCACCACUUUAGGUGGCGCGCCAUCCACUCUAGCUGCCCCCGUGCAAACACCAAAUCCUAAUGCUUGUGGCCCGGCGGAUUUGCCCUCUAAUGCUCAAGGCCUAAAUUGUUGUCCACCUAGAACCACAAGCAUAGUGGACUUUGUUCUUCCAACCCCUCCUACCACCUUAAGGGUUCGACAACCGGCCCAUUUGGUGGACGACGAAUUUAGAGAGAAAUUUACUAGGGCUAUGUCCUUAAUGAAAGCCCUCCCUUCUACCGACCCACGUAGUUUUACCCAACAAGCUAAUGUGCAUUGUGCUUAUUGUAAUGGAGGUUACUCUCAAGUAGGGUUUCCAAAUAUGGACCUCCAAGUCCAUAAUUCUUGGCUAUUUUACCCAUUUCAUAGGUGGUAUCUCUACUUUUAUGAGAGAAUACUAGGCAAUUUGAUCGAUGACCCGACUUUUGCCAUACCCUUUUGGAAUUGGGACACACAAGCGGGCAUGACAAUGCCCGCGAUGUACACAGAUCAAAACUCUCCCCUAUUUGAUCCAAUCCGAGACCGGGGUCACCAACCCCCUAAAGUGUUGGAUCUCAACUAUGAUGGUAUAGAUUCCAAUGAUUUACCUGAUCAAUCCAUGAUUGCAAACAAUCUCACGGUAUUGAAUCGCCAAAUGGUGAAUAACUCUACUACCGCGAGGUUGUUCCUAGGUGCACCUUACCGGGCUGGGAGUUUUCCCAACCCGGGGGGUGGAUCUGUAGAGAACAUACCUCACGGGACCGUCCAUGUUUGGACUGGUGACCGUAAUCGACCCAAUUUGGAAAACAUGGGUAACUUCUACUCGGCCGCACGUGACCCCCUAUUUUAUGCUCACCAUGCCAAUAUGGACCGUAUGUGGUCCGUUUGGAAAACCUUAGGAGGUAACAGACGUGAUUAUACCGAUUCAGAUUGGUUAAACGCGGCGUUUAUAUUUUAUAAUGAAAAUGCACAAGCUGUUAGGGUAAGAGUUAGAGAUUGCGUAGACUCUACGAAACUUGGGUAUAAUUACCAAGAAGUUGACUUGCCUUGGAUCAAUGCUCAACCUACCGCAAGCUCAUCAUCUAGGGUAAGAAGUGUAACUUCAUCAACCCCUCCAACAGCUAAUGCCAUGGAAUCGACAUCGAAAUCAAAUAAAGUCGUUAAGUUCCCUAAGCCAUUAAACAAGUCGUUACGUACAAACGUUACAAGGCCAAAAAAGUCUAGGAGUAAAAGAGACAAAGACCGCGAUGAGGAAGUGCUUGUGAUAGAGGUUGAUGUCAAGAAACACGACGAGUAUGUGAAGUUUGACGUGUACAUCAACGAUGAGGAUGAUAUACCGUCUAAGAAGAUGCAAGUGAAGGCCGAAUAUGCCGGGAGUUUUGUGAAUGUACCUCAUAGACACACACAUGGUAAUAAUAGGGGAAACCAUGACUUGGAGACAACUUUUAGGGUUGGUUUGACUCAAUUAAUUGUUCAAUUAGGAGCUGAUGAUGAUGAAGGUGUCACGGUUAAUUUGGUGCUUAGGGCAGGAAGUAAGGGUAAUGUUGUUAUCAAGAGUAUGAAGAUUGAGAUUGCUUAAUUGAUUGCUCGUAUGUAAUACUGUUUUGUAUGGGGUGUUUUUUUUUUUUCUUGUGUGAUUGUUUUUGUACUUCAAAAUUUUGAAAUAAGAUGUUGGAUGCUUAUCGAUUGUGAUGAAUUAUUUAUAUUUUA